GGGUAUAUAAAGCUAUCCACCAAAAUGAAAGAGCAUCAUUCGGUCCUAGUUCACCAGAGUAGCAGACUCCCAAAUCCUCUAAGUAGACAUCAUGAAGUACUUUGUUGCUGUGGUUCUUUUGGCUGUGUUUGCUGUAGUUUCAGCGCACAUACCUGCACUCAAUGAUAAAAUUUCGGAAGAAAAUAAACAAUCAAAUAUAGAAAAAAGAUCACUUGAAGUUAAAGAUGGGGAAAUAGAUUUUGUUUCUGAAGCUGAGGAAGGAUCUAAAAAAUUGACUGAACGAAACAAAAGAACUGUACUCUAUACAGCACCAGUUGCCUACACUGCUUAUUCCUCACCGUAUGCUUAUGCCCGAAGUUAUGGCUACCCUUACGUUGCUUCCCCUUAUGUUGCUUCCCCUUAUGUAGCUUCCCCUUAUCGUAGUUACCCUUACGUCUACAACAGCCCUUACUACUUUUAAAUUAACCCCUAAUAUGAACAUACGAAUAUUGUGUUCAUAAUAAUCAUGUAAAAAAAAACCUAACUUUGGGAUAACACGACAUGGCAUAUCAUAAAAAGUGUAUAUUGUUCUUCUUAUUUCUCAUUAGAUUCCCUUAAUGUGGCGAAUAAAGAUCUACUUUUUAUAAAAUUAAGGAUUAAGCAAGCUAAUUGAUAAUGUAUGUAGUUUAUAUAAAUACAAACGGGUAUAUCAAA